GCAGCCUCUCCGCCCCCAGACAGUGCACCUUGAAUGCAUGCCGCUGGUAGAGCGGGGCUGUUGAUUCCUCCGGCCUUGGCAGUAAUUGAAACACUGCGUCCUAGUUUGUGGCCAAUCAGCAGCUCAGUGCUGAGGAAUGAAUAAGGCAGCAAUGCGUAAACAAGCGCUGCGAAAGCUUCUCCGCCCCUCUCGGUAGCACAGCCGACUGUGCUAGUUCCGUAUUCGCUUUCCUAGUACACAUCCUCCUCCUUCAACACUUAAAAAAAAAAAAAAACAAAAAAAAGAAAACUACUCCGAUCUGUAGUAAGCGAUUGCCAACACAAACACUAUGACCAUGGCCUCCUCCUUCUCCUCCUGAAAGGGUAAGGUACAUAACAAGGCUUCAGAACAUCUUUGAUUACCUCAAAGUGAAGCAGAAACCCUAGCUUUUGGGAAACAUGAAGACUUACCUGAAGUUGCGGAGAUACAUGUUCAGGUUCAGCACUGCAUAGUAGCUCUACAGGCUCUUUGAGCACUCGGUCUCCUGUCGACGGAUUUGUGGUCCUGACAGGUCUUCUGGCAUUCAUGUGCCAAGAAAUGGCAACACAAAGAAAGCAUCCUGUCAGAGAUUUUAAUGAUUACAUCACUUGUCACGUCUGUUCAGGAUACCUUAUCAAGCCAACAACAGUGACCGAGUGUCUUCACACCUUUUGCAAGAGUUGCAUUGUACAGCACUUUGAAGAGAGCAACGAUUGUCCCAAGUGUGGCAUUCAAGUUCACGAGACAAAUCCACUAGAGAUGCUACGGCCUGAUAACACUUUAGAAGAAAUUAUUUUUAAGCUGGUGCCUGGAUUGCGAGAAAAAGAGGAACAACGAGAAACAGAAUUUUGGAAGAAACAUCGGCCGCUUGAAAAUGGUACAGAUGAUGGACCCAAAGUCAAGAAGACCAGGCUAACAGAUGAAGAAGAGGAGGAUGAGAACGGUGCGGACAAGGACUAUCACAGAAGUGACCCGCAGAUUGCAAUAUGCCUUGACUGCUUGCGCAAUAAUGGACAAUCUGGUGACAAUGUAGUAAAGGGUUUAAUGAAGAAAUUUAUCCGCUGCUCUGCACGAGUGACAGUUGGGACCAUAAAAAAAUUCCUAAGCUUGAAACUAAAACUUCCAAGUUCUUAUGAGUUGGAUGUGCUAUGCAAUGGAGAAAUUAUGGGGAAGGAUCACACCAUGGAAUUCAUCUACAUGACAAGAUGGAGGCUGCGAGGGGAAACUGUAGAAAGUGGGGCUCCCAGUGAAAAUACAGACACAGGAAGGACAUACACACUCCAUACAGAAUGCCGUCAGUCUUACCCAAUGGUGUUACAGUAUCGACCAAGAAUAGACUUCGGUUAAACCAAAGGGCCAGCAUCCCAUUAGGACGAAACCUGCACUAGCUGUAUACCCAUCGACAGUUUGCACAAUGAAUGGAUGUGCCUGGACUGGAAAUGAAACCAGAUUUACGGCAUGCAAAUAAAGAUCAUAUGUCUAUUUAAAUGUCAGAAUAUUUGUUUUCUUUAGAAUCUGCCUUGUGCCAUUCUACCAAACCACCUGCAUAUGAUUCUUUGUGCUGCCUAUGCUCAGAACUGCAGUCUGUAAGCUAAUUUAUGUGACAUUUUGCCAGGAAGUCCAAGUCUAUAGUAGGAUUGGUGGUGAUUGCUCUUUGUGGUAGUGUUACCUUGAGUUUUGGUCAUCCCAUUUAAGUCAUUAUUUAAGUUAUCAAAGUACUGUAGGAGAAGACUUAAGAAAUCACAUGGACAAAGUUUGUAAAAGAAUAUUUCAGAGUUAUAGACGAUACUGGAGAUGUAUUUUCUUGCUACUGUUAGUUCCAUUGAAUUUAAGUUGGGCUGAAAUAUUGUCCACAUGUGCCACAAAUUAUCAUUUUGUCAAGGGAUGCUUACUUUUUUUAAGGUAUUUGACCCUUAAUGUGUAGCAUGCAGUGUUUUUUAGCAGAAGUGGAAUCUUUUCAGGAGGAGCUGAAAAUGUGUUUAUGCUAGUUUGAUUUAAAACUGCAGGUCAGUUUGGGUCUGUCACUUUUCAGUUGUUGUGUUAUGCUGCAUUGUGGCACAAUAAAAGCCUGAUUCCCCUACCAGACAGUAGAGAUUUAAGCGACUUGAAGGUAUAACAAACUCAGGGUCUUGGGAUGAGGGGUAAGACAGACCCACUGCACUAGUCUUUUAUGUGGCAGUGCAGGUGGAAUUCAUCAUUUGUACAGUACUGAGCCCUGUAGGAAAUGUUGAAUGCCACUGCCAAAUGUGGGGCUUUGUGCAAGUUGUACAAAUUAGCCAGUACUUCCCCAAGUGGAGCUGUUGUGCCAAGAUAACCUUUGACUUGCACGUGUCUGUCUCAUCCGUAGGAGGUUCCUAAAGACAAGCAGUGUGCAUCUGUGGUUAUUUGGUGGUAGACACGUGGAUUGUCUGAUGGAAUAAAUUACACAAGAUAAGUAACCAUUGAGCAGUAAUGGCAUCCUUAAUGACAUCAUUAGUGACGCCAUUAGUGACAUCAUUCACUGCUUUGUGAAAUUUGGGAAUGUUUGGUGCACUUUCUGAACAAGAGGUUUUACUCUUUUUGUCUAGCUUAGCUCUGCCUUCCAAGUUCAGUGUUCACAUUUUUUUCUUUUAUUAAUUUGUAAGCCGGUUGAUUGUAUUGAUGGUACAUUUUUGAAUCACAUGCACCUUUUUGGACAGGGAGAAUGACUUUAGGACUGUGGUCAUGUCCUUAGUUGAAUUCCAGGUAAAGUUGCAGUAGUGAUCUCAGAUAGGUCUCCUGAUACAGUUCUGUAUUAAGCCUAGUUUGAAUUUUUAACACACUUGCAAGGGACUCUUGCUGCCUCCGCUGUAAUGAUGACCGUAAUGAUGAGCGAACUGCACAGAUUUAGUAACGUGAACUGUUGUGUAGGAAUGAACAUUUGUGGCUGUCUCUUUGUUGUCAAGCACUUAGCACACUGACGCAUCACUUACACUGAACUAGUAACAAAGACAGUCAGGUGCAUUUAACUUUUUAUUAUUUACUUGUGACAGUUAAAUCUUCAUCCCUUGUGCUUUGUUGUUCAAAUUAUUCAUGCACUCUGUUCAUUUUGUAAAUUGCUGAGCUUGUAAUCAUUUUAGCAACACAACCUGCUACAAACCGGUGGCCUGAUAUACAGGUUUGCAUGAUGGGCCCUUGGUGGAGUUCAUCUUCUUCAGCAGUCAUCUUUUGGCAAUGUAUCUUGGAAGAUCCCACUUUUUGAGAAGCGUACACUUUUAUUCUGCUCGCUGCUUUUUUUUUUUUUGCCAUUUCUACAUUUUGGAUCGGGAUCCUUACUUUUAUCACUGAAGUUUGCAUUUCCAUGCUUAAACAUAGUAUUUUUCUCUGUGUGUGGCCAUCAGAUUGCAAGCCAGAAUCCAUAUCAGCAUUGCUUUUGUUGGACGGGGAAGGCCACAAGAGGCAGAAAUUUAAUCCUAUUACUUGAAAUUUCCUUGGGGUGAAGCUUUCAGGCUACGUUGUGUCAAAAAUUGACAGCUGUCAACAGCUGUUUGUGCAAAGACAUUAAGAUGCCUCCCACACUCCAUCAAGUGCAGGGCUUGCCGUCAGCUAGCAAGACUCAAUCCUGUACCACUCCCCCACUUUUGGAGAAGAUGAGGGAACCUGGAAGAAACACACAGCCAUUUUCAUCUUAGUGGUUGUUUUCCAAGGCUGUUGCAUCACACUGCACUCACAAACACAGUUUGAUUGGCUGUGUUGCAUCACACUGCACUCACACAGUUUGACUGGCUGUGCUGCAUCACACUGCACUCACAAACACAGUUUGAUUGGCUGUGUUGCAUCACACUGCACUCACAAGCACAGUUUGAUUGGCUGUGUUGCAUCACACUGCACUCACAUCCACAGUUUGAUUGGCUGUGUUGCAUCACACUGCACUCACAAACACAGUUUGAUUGGCUGUGUUGCAUCACACUGCACUCACACAGUUUGAUUGGCUGUGUUGCAUCACGCUGCACUCACAAACACAGUUUGAUUGGCUGUAAUGUGGACCCCCACCAAUCUGUUCCUUUAGACUUUACCUUAUGUCAGCUGUCAUGGAGUAGCUUAAUGUAUCACGUGCUGCUUUUUACACGUUAUUAUUAUACACCACUUUCCUCUAUCCCAACAUGCGUUUCUCCUCCUCACUAUACCCCAAGUAAGCUUAUUCCAGCAGAUGGAGACAUAUAGGACUCCCUCAGCCUCUGAUCAGAAUACCGAGGACAUUAAGGCCAGGCCUCUUAGGCUAAAAAGUCCACUCCCUAUGAUACCUUCUCCUUUAAAGAGAUACUCAAGUUCACUACAGAAAAUUAGACUGACUUGCUUUGAGCCCCUCUUCCAUCCCCCACAAAUGUCUUGCAGAGUUUCAGGGGAAGAAGACUUGAAUCCUUGAGCGUUUCACUCCAUGGUGCUGGUUAUUAUCAAUGCUGCUUCUGUUCCUUUAGCCCCAAGGAAGGGACAUGGCAUGUACAAACCUGUCCCAUAGUGAGUGCAGCAAAUAAAUAAACAUCAUUGUGCUAAGUCCUGAAUGAACACGAGGCCACCAUACAUCUUAGCAACCGCAACAGUUUUGGACAGGUGUCCUCUGUCAUGUUGGAACUUGUGGCAAUUCAAGUUCCAGCCCUGCUUGCUUUAGGACUUUUUGAAUAAGCUUGCGGACCUUUCAGAGUCUGGACUGAAUUGGGACCUUAUUGAGACUCCAUUUAUAGUUUCUACAGGCGCUAUAAUUUGUCUGACUGUAACUUUGUGAGAAUGCCUUUGCUAGGAACACAGGCGCUGAUGAUUGUACCUGCUCAGGAUGUUAUGGCCAAGGCUUGCUUCCAUGUAGUGGGAACUCAAGAACUAGAUCUUUGAUGCCUGUCUCUUCUGUAGGCUUCUGUUUUAAAUGCCCACUCAGGACAUGGGUGAUGAGGAAACAGGACUAUUUUCCUCUGUGGAGGGUCUUUAUAAUUCCUUCCAAUUCCACAUCAAUCGUUUCUAAGCCUAGCCAUCUGUUAAAGAGGAAAAGGACUCCUCACUCUGGGGAAGUCCCUAAAAUGACCUCCUCCCUGCUUCUCAAGUGCCAGCAAAGUCUUCCAAGAAAAAGAAGAGGAAAUUGCUGGGUGCCCCACCACAGUUCUGAUGCUGGAUUGGAACUAUCUGUAGGAUAUGUGUUCCUCCAGAUCUUCCAUAGCUUGCAGAACCACAACAAGGGACCAGGUGGUUCAGGAUAUUGUCACCACAAGCAUAUUCUAGACCUCACUGGUUCCCCCCACCAGGAAGAGGUCCACUGGCAUACAAGCCCUUUUCCAUGGAAUUUUGGGAUAGGCCCCAACUCUGCUGCGUAGGGAGCUGUAGAGGCUUUCUGAUUUUUGGAAAAGAAUCACAGCUUUUAGUUCUACUUAUUCCUGGUCCCAUAGUGAAUAGAUGAGUUCUCACCUAUUUUUGACCUCAAAAAACUUCAAACACCACAUGUGUUAUGCACAUGUCUAGAUAUUUACCCUUUUCUGUCUGUCAGUGAAUGGAUGGUGGUGUGGCCAUGAAUGAAGAACCAUAAAAGGUUUGGCUUUCAGUGGGCAUCUUGUCCAGUGCAAUGUAUAACUAUUCAGAUUUUCUUAAGCACCCAGACAUUUCUUUUCACCAAGAUAUUGACUUUGGCACUAAAGCAUUUCAGAAAUAUUUCUCUGUGUUUUCUCAAUGAGUAGACUUUUUGUUAGAACCCAUUUCUAUGUCCUCCCUGGAAACACCUGUGCUAGGAGAACUUUCUUGAAUGCAGUUUAUAAUGAUCACAUAAAUUAAGGAAAGUUGUCUCUGACUCCUGCUCAGAGGAUUGCUUUUAUAGGCACAUAGCUGGUCAUUCUGCAGUGCUUGUCAUUCCUGCCCUUAGAAAGGGGCCAGGAGGUCAUGGCCUUGAGCAGCUGUGUGAAGACAGAGUGCAGGGAUCAGGCUUGUAUUGUGCUGCACCUUCUGGGUUUGGAGAUUGUCCUGAUCUUCAUACAUAAUAUGAUGCUGUGGUAGAUGGCUCCGAGGUGUUAGUGGCAUCACAUGGCCAAUACCCUUUUUCAGGUAUGAGAUGCCUUGUUUGGUCAUGGUCUUCUAAAAGUGGAGUAUUCCACAAAUUGACCUGUUUGCCACAUGGAAGAGCUUGGUCGUCUGCCUGCUUUGCUUUUUGUGGCAGGAAUGGAAGAGAGAGUGGUAUAUGUGUUCUAGAUCCCAUGGCACGAGAUUUGCUUAUGUGUUCCUGCCAUUCUCAUGGAUUUCAUGUGACAUCAUGGGAGUUCGAGGAAAAAAGCACAAAACUCACUCUUGUAAAUCCUUUAUGGCUGAGAAAAGUCUGCUUUCUGGCACCCAGGUUCCAGAACUGUACCCACAGUUGUGGCAGCAACUGACUUCACUGGGCUGUUUAAGACUACUUCCUCCGAUUGCUGGAUUUGUUUUCUGGGGACUUGGAGGUUAUUGAGACUGUUGGGAAACAUCACACUUAGCAAGCUCUGUCUUUAUUCAGGAGGGGUUCUGAUUUUGGGCAGAGUCAUAUUCUGUAUAUUCCCAGUUGGUUAGCUUACAGAUGAUUUUGACAUAUCUCGGACACCUCUGAUUUGGACCUCAGGUACUCCACAUUCAUAAUCUUUCACUUCUGCAUGUUAUGACUGUGCAUGGGGCAGGUUUGUGGUCCAGAAUUUACUGGCCAAUUACUUGUUUAAAAGGAGUAACUGCUGCAUCUCUGUUCUUCGCUGCUUGGGAUUUGCACUUUGCAGUUGGCAUGCUCGCAUAUCUCCAUUUGAGCUUGCUAGAUUAGCUAGAUUGAUGUUAGUUUCAUGUGCUGUCUCUUUUGGAGUUCACCUCUGUGCAUAGGAUGUUGGAGUUUCAUGGCCCAAAUGCAGUGAGCCUGAUUUGCCCUUUCAUAAGGAUAGAUAGUUUUGGAAUUGUUUCCGAGUCAAUAUGUUCUUCUCUCCAUUUUGCAGGGUAAGAAAUCAAGGAAGAGAAGAUUCUUCAUGUCCUGGAUAUUCUUUGUUAGCUUAGAUUUUAACAGAAAUGGGUGCGUGAUUUUUAGGAGGAGGUCUAGCUGUUCAUCUCAGCUGUGUUGCACCUUUGUAGUAAGGAAAGAUGGCCUGCAGCUAGCAGACUGCUUCCAAGUAGAUCGCCUUCUGCAUUAUCUUUUGGUAUCGGACAGUUAAACCCCACAUGAAUGUGGCCAUUGCAAACAUCUGCACUUCUGCUGCUUGUUCUGUGGUGCACAUCUUCUCCAAAUAUUAUUGCCUCGAUUGCAUCUCCAGGAGUUGGUGCUUUCUAAGUGAAACAGUACUUAGAGAAUCAGCUUUCGUAUCUGUAAGCUUUAUAUUCCUUUGGCUCCUUCCACCCAGAUGGUUUUUACUUGAGGUCCUCAGUAUAAGAUAUUAGAGAUGGAUCUGCUUUGGAAGCUCGAACUGUCAAAACUUCGAACUUCAUAUGGUCGAGACCAUACCACUGGAGUUUUGAAAGUUUGAAACUUCAAUUAAAAAAAAAUAAAACAUUUUUUUACAUUUAUGCAUGGGGGCAAGCCCCCCUAUACCCCCCACACUCCCUGCUAAUUAAAUAUACCAAACUCUGAGAUUGCACUACAGUGAAGAGAAUAGUAAAUAUCCCAUUCAGCCCUGUAUGGCGAUCUCCAUUUAGACCGUUAGACGUUUCAAAACUUCGAUCUUAUCGUCUCGACCAUAUGAAGUUCAAAGUUUUGAAAGUUCAGGCUUCCAAAGUAGACCCAUAAGAGAUACAUUCUUACAGUAUCAAUCAAAUGCUUAAGAGGUGCCUCCUUGAAGGGGCAAGAAGCACUCUCCCUCUACCCUCACCCUUCUUCAAUGAGUGCCGCUUCCACCAGCCUAGGUCCCUUUGACUCUGGCAUGUGUGUAGUUGAAUUUUACUUGUAUUAGAGUAGGAGUCUAAAUCCUUGCUGCUAUGUGUGGAUUUGCAAUAAGGUACAUAUUGGAGACAAGGUUCUAAAUCAUGGGGGGGGGGGUUGAGCCAUGUUCAUAUUAAUUUAUCUAGUGAGUUUUGUCAUGGGGUGCAUCAAAAUAGACAUGUGGACAUCCCCAAAUGUAGGAUCAGUCAAGGCUUUUCCCAGAAUGUGAUUGAUGAGGAAGGUUAAUUCAAAUGGAGACCCACUUGUGGAUCAAGUGAUAGAGUUAAAAACACAUCUGUAUUAUAGUUCAUCCAUUAUGUAGUAAUUAAUGGGCAACAUCAGGAUAGUAGACAUAUCCAGUUACACUUACAAAUGCAGCAGUUUCAUAAUAUGCACACCUUCAAUGGGGACUGGAUCAUUGAUGACACAGCAGAGAUCUUUUAAUAAUUUUGAAAACACUAAAGGUAGAAGCAUUUAUGAGUUAAAUAUGUUAUUCAGCCCAGCUACGGCACUAGCAGCUUUCCAAAGAUUUCCGAUGCUAAUACCUCGAAACUUAACCAUUACAUUUUUGAGUUCACUACUUGGUUUUACUCUCAUUCUUCAAUUGUACAUAACUGACCUAAAAGGGCAUUUCUGGCCAUUAUCCUCAUGACCUUAGAGUUCCAAAGAACAGUACUGGAUUUGAUUGGUUUUGAUAUAUACAGUAUAUUUAAAAAAUCGGCAAUUAAAAAGACUGCUGCUUAUAUUGGCCUCUGUGUGCCAAAAGUGUGCUAACACUUUCUUUAGUUAAGUACCUGUCUUUUAAUGUGUCUUUGCUUUUUGCUCAAACACAAACACACACGUAUUACUGAAAUACUCUCAAAAGUAAGGUCUGACCCGAUGAAGCAAAAACCAAGUUGACAUAUUUUAUUCUUACAUACAAAAAAGUGGAAUAAAAGUUGAAAAGUUAAGAAAAAAUGCCCCAAAUUGUGGGCUUAUUUGAUUAGUAACUGUUGCUUCUGUUAGGGAGAGACAUGUUUUAGAAGUUCCGCAGAGACAACUAAUCCCAGUUGCUUUUUUAACAAGAGUAACGUGUCCCUGUUUAGGUUGUGGCUUCACUUUUGGUAGUUGGCAUGGAUGAAAUGCCCGUGGUGAGGGUAAAGUGUUACUAGUGCCAUCGGCUGUGUUGCACCUGCAUUGGCUGCUCUGUCUGUGCCUCGGCUACUCCUGGCUUUUGAGACCCAUAAUCCAAAAAAAAAAAAAAAAAUAACAUGUUUUGCUAAAAAGAAGCUAUGUAUAUUGUUAUGUCUGUUGCUAUUUGCUCUUUGAAGUUCUACAAAUGUUUUAAACUUUUUGUCAAAAGUGAUAACACCUUAUUAAAAAACCUUUUUGUGGUUGUGAAAUUAGUUUAUAAAUCAUUCAAAUUGAAGUGAUGAAUAACAGGUCAUUAUUAAUGACGCGAUCUAUACUGCUGUUAAAAUAUAUGUAUUUUUGUAAAGAAAAACUUGUAGAUAUAUAAGCAUUCUGAUGUACCUGUGGAUAAUGUUUUGCAAAUCAAAAUGCUGCUUUGAAAAAUCACUUAUUUUUCAUGCAUCAUCACCUGAACUGCAUCCCUGCUACUUUGUGUUUAUUCUGUAUAGAUUUGUACGUUUCUUACAGCGGGGAUAAAUGCAUCGAAAGAAACAUUGUUUCCUUGUUCAGCUGACCUUAUGCAACCAAGAGUUGGAUUCCUUGGGGAUUUUUCUUUAUUCAAAGUUUGACUAAUUUGCCAGUGUUUGUGUGAAACGUUGUGACUUGAAAGUGCUGCUCAGAUCUCAAAUAAACUUUUAUGCUGGGCACAACAUAUUGCACUAGAUUGAAGAUGGAUGCUGCAUUGAUCAUAAUUUAAGCAAUGUUUCAACUUCCAAAUGAAACAGAAAAAAAGGGCCAAGUCCCAGUCCUUUCUUGGUUUACAGGUUAUAUGAGGUUAACAAUCUUUCUUUAAAAUAACUGGAUUGCACCAUCUAUGUACUGAACUUGAAUAGCAAUCAUGAGUAGGUGUAGAAAGACUGAUGUGUGGUGUUUUUUCAACCGUUAAGAGACUGUGGUGUGUUGAGAAGAGUAUGAUUCCUUAAGCAUACCAUAUUGCACUGACUGAACUGCACAUGGGGAAAUUACUUCCAGUUAUUGCCAAGAUAUAUCGUAAGAGAGCAGUUAUAAGGUAAACUCACCAUGCUUUAUAAUGAGCCCUUUCCUCUCUAUGAGGACUAGGAAAUGGAUACUUUAUUUUAGCUCUGCCUUAUUGGAAGAAGACAGCUUUGUAACACCUAGCUGCACUGAUUCAUUCAUUUCUUUACGCAUUUUCAAAUGGUUCUUGUACUGCUUUUGCAGAGCUCUUGAGCUAAUUACUUGAAUUGUGCUGAAGAAGUACUUUGUAAGCAUGGAUCGGCAUUUAUUUAAUUUUUUCCAUUAUCUAUUCAGAAAAGGCUUAUAGUGUUUGCUUUACUAACAAGUUGAGCUGUAGCUAUUAUCUGGCCUCAGAUCUCUUUGAAAAUUACAAGUGGCGACUUCAUAAAGAGUGUUAGUGGGGAAAGCAUGGGCCACUUUCUAGAAUGUGCAAAGAACUGAAAAUGUAGAAUGGGUCAACAGUGUUACUUGCAAAAUAUGUCGCCCUACUAAAACUUAUUUUAUUUUACCCUACUACCUAGAGCUAUUUAAGAGUUUACCCUAUAAAUAGAGAUUGCUUUUGUGUAGUUUGAGUGGCAGUCACAAAACCAGAUAGUUAAAAACAAAUAAAAAACAUUCAUCCGUUAUUGUCUACUACAAAAGUGGAAGUAAUUUAAGUGAAGAUAAUGCACAUUUUCCUUUGGCUGGAUUUGACUGAUUGGUAUUUACAAAAGACUGCUUUGUAUAUAAUCAGUGUAAGUUUGAUUUUCUUAGGUGCAAAGUGUGCAGUGUCUGAAAAGGCAGAAUAAUGCACCUGGGAAGGUUAUAACCCAGUCUGGUAUUUUAGAUGGCAAUGUACAAUUUCCAGUGGGGCAUAUACUGGCCAAGAUUCAGAGGAGAACAGGAUGCAUAAUGUCGCAGCACAGUACUGCAUGGAGUUUAGUGCAUCACGUGGUUCAGAGAUGGGAUGAAUAAUAGGGACUUUCUUAUAACUACAUGGGGCAGUAAUAGAUUGCAUGAAUUGCUGUGAAUUGACAUCUGCAGGUGUUGGGAUAAUAGCUUGCAGCCAAUUGAGUAGCCAAGCUGACCAACCUCUUGCCAUGUUGGAUGCAUAAAUGUUGCAUGGUCUGUAGCUAGGUCUUAGAAGUGGCAGCUAAAAGAACAAGCUUUUAGUUGUGCAGCCUGUAGUUAAGGUAGCAAGAUGGCAGCUGAGAUGACCGCACACAAACUGCACAUGGUUAAUACAGGUUAUAGGGAGCUAAACUAAUGCAGAAACAGAUAGAAGCUGAGGUAUUGACUGCGGAGUUGGGCACCAUUAUCAAGCAGAGGGACAGCACCACAUGAGCAGCCGAGCUCUGUAUAACUGCUGUGUACAAAGAACACAGAGCUGCAGAGGCUGGUGUUCAAAGUGAGGCAUUUUCUGUGGACAGUGCCCAUUCCAAGUAGUAUCAUGCAUUGCUGGUGUGAAUGAUCAUUACUUACUUUUGGCAUACUGUCCACUGGACAUGCACCGUGGUGUCUGGUCCCACCCCUCAGAAUGGCAUAACAAUUGCUUUAGAUAUCUGCUAUGCAUGCAUACCUAUGUGAAUUGAUUCCUGUCCUUCUCAUAACAUUGUACAUGCUUUAUUGAUUCACUUUUGUGGAUUUUUACAUGUCCACAGGGGUUGUUUUGGGUAGGUUACAUGGUAUGACCAUUGCAGGAUAACUGCAUCGUGCCACAAACAUCACACAAAAAUGAGGACGAGGGCAUCCACAAAAGCAUGAAACAUUCUGAUGGAAUGAACUGAUACAAGGAGAUCACCUAGGUGAUACAUGGCUCACCUAGGGUGCAAGUGUCCUAGUGCUGUGGCAGUAAUCCACUUAUUUAGUCAUGUUUCUGUCAAAAGGGUUGGCAGUAAGAAGUCUUGGGUGUAGCAACCACGAAUGGUAGCCACUGUAAAGGAGAGAAGAGCUUUCCACCAAAUCACAAUAAUCUUGUCUUUAGUUAUAUAAGUAAGGGAACUAUAAUUCCUUGCAUAAAAAUAUGGGUGCGACAGUGUCCUCAUCCACUGAGAGCACUUAUGAAUGUUUGAACUUGAAUGCCAUUUCCUUCAUUUGGAAUUUGUAUAAAACUGCAUUUGAUUUUUUUUUUUUUUUUGUUUUGAGUGGCCCAGAGCCCUUAGAUGGAUACUGAAACCUUUAGAUAAUACAGUUUGCUUACCUACUUACUUAUUUCUUGACUGGGCUAGUCCCAUUCAGCCAGUUUGUCAUGGUAAACCUAUGGCAGCAUUUUUACAGCUGGGGUCUCAUUUUGACAAAAUAGUAAAGGGGACUUAACCUUUUUCAGCAAAUGUCAUGGUCAUUUUUAAUAUUCACAUAUGCUACUUCCAUCUGAGGCAGAUGGUUUAGCAUCUAAUUCAAAGGAUGGCAGCAUUCCUUAAGUGCUGUCCUGUUGUGUAAUCUUUCUGUUAUAAGGAAGUGUGUCACUUGUUGGAGCACUGACCUUGACUACACAUGUACUUUCUGUUAUUAGUUCAUAGAUUCAUAGAUUAGUACUAAGUUAACUGCCCUUGUGAGCCAUUUUAAGCCUAGUCAAUUAUCCCUUGUGAGACUCAAACCCUGCACCUUGUGUUUGUAAGGCAAACACCUUAGCCAUUAGGCCACCCUCCCAACCCCUGGUCAUUUGCAGUGGUUUCCCUUACACACUCUCAUAUUGUGGCAUGUGCUCUGGUGGUUUGCAUUCAGACCACGACUGCUAGUUCUUCUUAGUUACCCAUUUCAGGCUGCAUUUUUGACCUCAUUGUGUGCGUGGGGUACAUCAAUAGCUCCGGGUGUUUGCCUUAAAUACCAGCUGGUGUAAAAUAACUACAUCUGGCUCGUGCACAUGUGUUGAUUGCACAGUAUACUUCAGGCCCACAAGCUGCACUCUGUAGUCUGUAUUUUUUCAGUUGUUCAAUGCCUGUCACAGUAAUUUUAUUCUCCGCUGUGCUGCUCCCCAAAACCUAUGUCUGUAUUGUACUUUUGCCAGAUUCUAUGGUUAGCGCUCCUGUACCCUGUGCUGCUUAUGUGCAGCGUUUGUCUGAAGCUGUCUGGGGCUGCACUUUUCGGCAGCUCAUACUUUUGAACCACUGUAGUAUAUCUCUUUAUUCUGUGCCUGCACUAAUGUGUUCUACAUUACCCAACACCCUUCUGAAUCCUGACCUGUGUAUGUCACCUGAAUGGCUUUGACUAAGACUAAAUUCACCUCUUAAAUAUUAGUGCAAUACAGAGUGAAAAGCAAAGGGGAUUGCUUGCUUGAACAGUUUUCUUUCUCUUAUUGUGCAGUUUUUGUUACUAUAAAUGCUAUCCAUGCCAGUAACUACUGUUGUAAGGUAUCAUUGGUCAGUAGUUGAUCUUAUUUAUUAAUAAGAAUAUCCAGAGAAAUACGCACAAUCAAAAGUUUCAAACUGUGGUGCAGUCCUGUUAUGACAGAGUGCCUUUAGCCCAUUAUGACUAAAAGUGAAAAUUCUGUUGUAAGCUAUAGAAUUUAUUCUUACAUUCUGUACAAUAAUUGCUAAUCCAUUUACUAAGUCUACUCUGUUCCUUACCAAAAGCAAUAAACAUGUGUUGUAAAAUAUAUUGUGCAGCCUAGAACUUUACUCUUGUUCGCGUAUUUUGUUUUCUAUGUAAUUUAUUUUUGUGCAAUAAAAAGUUGGGAAAAAUUA